AUGUUAUAUUAUAAACCUAAACACUUAAAAUCAGUUGUUCCUUCAAUUUUUACAACUGAACCUCCAAGUGCAGCAGACUCCAUUAUUUUGGAUUCUCGAAUAUUGAGUGAAGAAAAACUCAAUCUCAAUAGCAAGUUUGCUUUGCUUGAUCAAUUUAGCCAUCGAGCCUUUGAUAUCAAAGAAUAUAAUUUGACUCAAAGAGAGUUACCAAGCAGAAAAAAACAUAUCAUAUACAAUAGUAAAUUAGAUGUUUGGGGUGAAACAACUUUGACUCUUCUUCGGAAUUAAUUUUUAUACACAUCUCUAGAUAUACAUGAAAAAUAUUCACCUGUAGUCUUAUUCAUCUACGUAAAAAAAGGUGAUCCAAAUACCAAAAUGCGAUUAUUUUGUUCAGUCAAAUUUCAAUAACCUAAUCGUUUCAAUGCAGAAAUCGAAACCUAUGGUCGUGUCCUAAAAUAUCACUCUAGAGAAGGCCCAACUUUUUUCGAUCCUACAUUGUACGUUGCCCUCUUAGCUCACAAUGAUGUUGUUAUUACAAUUAAAAAUGAAUUUGCUAAACCUCCAUUCCCCAGAAAAAUACCUUAAAUUAAAAAAAAAGAUGAAUCAAAUCCGGAAUUAGAAGAAUUAGUUGAAUAAAUCAUGAGAAAAAGAAAGUUGAGAUAAAAAUCUCUAAAUUUCAUUAAUCUUAAUAGAUCCUUACUUCGAAAACAAAGAAUUGAAUCUCCAUGCAAUACUGAAAGAUUAAAAGAAAUUAAAUUUAAAUAGACAAUCAUAUAGAAAGAAUAAAGUUUAAAAAGAAUUGCCUAAAUUGCUUUACACGAUGUUGCAAAAGAAAUAAAAUAAAAAUAAAUGAACAUACAAUUUAAGUAAAGUUUUUUAACUACUAUUAGAUAAAUGCAUAAAGAGUGGAUUUGUAAGAAAUGGAUUUAAGUAAUCAUUUUAAUCAAUUACAUUGUACCAUCAAUUAGUAGCUACAUUAAAGUACAGAAACGUAUUUCUGAAAAAAAUAUGAGAAAAUAAAUAUUGACAAUGUAAUUCAUCAAAAAAAUUAAAAAUAACAUAUAAAAUUAAGGACCAAAAUUAAAAUUAAGAACCUUGUUACUCUGUAAAUUUAGUAUGCAAAUUUGCAUUCAUAGUUAAAAAGAUAAAGUUAAAGCAAAGAGUAGCAAUAUUAUCAUUGAAAUUUUAAGAUAGAAUAUCAGAAGCUAUUAUACAGUUAAAAAAGGCUUACAUACAGUUAAUCUAAGUAUCUAAUAUUUAAUUUAAUAUAGUCAAAAAAUGUAUAAAUAUGUUAGUUCGACAUAAGAAUAAAAGAUUGGAGUUUAUGUAAUAGAUGAAAAUCGCCAUAUUGCAUUAAUGUAAAUAAAUCUAUGGAGAGAUUCUGAAGAUGAAAUAGUAGACAUUUUAGUAAUUGCCUUUGUAACAAUAAUAACAGUAGGAAAAGAAUAAAAAUAAAAGAGAUCCACUACAUUACUUAAUUCAUGAUUAGUAUAGAAUUUAUUAUUAUCAUUUUAAUAGAUAAUUUAUAAUGUUUAUAUAUAAGAAAUUAUUUACUAAUGUGUUACAGAAAUGGAAUUAAGAUUUUGAAGCUUUUCGAAAAGUAUAUCAUGAAAGUCAGAAGAAAGGUUUAGCAUUGUUGUUGAGACCAUUACCACUAGAAAUACCAAAAGUAGAGAUUAUAAAUAACCAUAUUGUGGAGGAAUUGGAUCGUAGAGGAUUGAUAAAUUAUUAAUAUUAUCCGUUAAAUUAAUGAAUUCUCCAAGAGCAGAAACUUUGGAUUUGGAAUUAAGUGACACUAUCAACAAGAUCUAUAGUGGUUGCUAGAAGGUCAAUGAUAAACAUCUGAAAAUAAGAAUAUUGUAAUGGUUGGAUAAAGUGAGAACACCAACACAUAAUUUUAUUUGGAAAUAGAAUUCUUUGUUAUAUGCUAGAGUUUUACUUGAAAUGACAUUAGAACAAUAAUUAGAUAAACCUUUUAGAGGUGUACCUCCAGAUGGACCAUUACCUAGAUUAGAUAAGUUUGAUGUUGUAAUUCAAUUUUGAUCUAAUAAUAAGCCUUAACAUGUUUGGUAAAAACUGAAAUAGGUUCAGUAACCCCAGUCUCCAAGAAAACCUUUAGGAAUGAUUUUGAAUAGAAAUUUGACUCCAAAAUUAAAAACUGAACCUUCUACUUAUAAAAGCAAUAAAUUUCAUAAUAGUCAAAAAUCUUAAAAAUGGGAUCAAAUCAAAGAGACUUUAGAAGGAGCAAAUAAAAAUAUGCAAGAAUUUAAACAAUUUUUAGAAAAUUUAUAAACUUAAAAACUAUUUCUUUGA